ACUAAGGAUCAAAUAUGGCGUCAUGUCAAGAAAGAAAGCGGGCUGAGAGAGAGGCCAGGAAGAAAGUUGCACAGGCUUUCAAGGAAGGAGCUAUUUGGAGGUUGAAGUUACGUAUUCUUACUUGGUUAAUGUGGAUUUUGCUGUGCGCUGAGUGGAUAUCAACAAACCGGGUACAUGAUGGUCUGCGCAUGGCAAUUCUAGCAGCCCCAUGGACAAUCGGUAUUCUGUAUUGCUCUGCGGAUUGGGUACGAGAUGUUUGCUGGGUUCUUAUGCUGUACAUUUGGCCUCAAUGGAUGCUGAACCUAAUACCCGGAGAGAGAUCAGUGAGACAGUAUAUGAACAAGUAUGGAGUUGUUGGUACGCGCCCAAUUGAGGGUGGUGGUUCAGCGGUCGUCUGCACCAAGUAUGGUAGAAAUCUGUGGUCAGGGUUUAUUAAGGUGAUAACUGAUGCUCACAACCGGCACCAAAGUUGGGGCGGGCAAUUCACUAUGGAGGAUCUAAGGAUGAGUGGACACCGCUGCCGCAUUAAGCGUGAACCCAUGUGCGAUGGAAGUUUUGCCAAUCUGCUAUUAGAUCUGGCCACGUUGGCUAGGCUAUUGCUGGUAGAUGAAUUCAAAGAUUCCCAAGGAGAUCCAAUUAGUUAUAUCCGGGAGCUAUACAACUUGAUGGUCUCCCCUACAGUUGGUUCAUGUCCUUCAAAGGCAAAGAAGGAAAAGUUCCUUAAAUUCCUGCACAACCAUCCGGCUGUCAAGUCACCAAGAGCAGUCACGAUCCUCAUAAGUGCAGUCUUCCAAGCCUAUAAAUCAAUGGGUCAAAUAGAGAAAAAGACAGUCGAUGACCUUGUGGCUAAGAUGAAGUUUACUGAGGAUUGGAGGGUAGAUGCUGCAUUGAACUCGUUACUUAACAAGGUGUUGCUAUUCAAGUACAACGACCCCAAUAACACUUUGCCCAGUUAUGCUCCCAAUCCGAGUGGCCUUUUUAGGUUCUUACGGAACUUCCAGCAGCACGGCGGGGAUGCCAAUCAGGGUGAUAAAAAACAAAACAUCUCUAACCUUGAGGAACUGGAGUAUAUUGCUUCAUACAGAUUUUCAACUUUCAUAUCUAUGCUUAUUGAAGAUCUUGUUAUGGAGUUGGAUAUGCAGGGGAUGUUACAAUAUGCUUGGGAGAACUACACGCGUGCUUAGAGACUCACGGUAACGAAAGAGAGAACACUAAGUGAGAAGCGAUUGUCGAGGACAUGAGACCUGGGCAUGUGGUCGAAAUUGCAGAGACAACAAGUGAGAAGCGAUUGGCAUGGAGGCCUGGACAUGUUCUGAGUUGACGAAGAAAUAGUUGUUAGCACUCGAUUACAGAGCGAUCAGAUUAGCUUUUCUUGUCCUGAUGCAGGGGAUAUCGUCUGUUUGGAUGUAGUAUGUGCUUAUUUUUGGUCACUGACCAUUGCUUCGGUUAGCACUCAGUCUGUUCAAGACUUGUAGAAUUAGCUGUUAGCACGCUGUCAUAUUUCAGCUGGUCACUGACCAUUGCUUCGGUUAGCACUCAAUCUGUUUCAGACUUGUAGAAUUAGCUGUUAGCACGCUGUAUGACUACGCUCUCUCUUGAAUGAGGACACUGUCCCUCUUUUAGCACUACGUUGCUUUGUUACUGGUCAAUGGAAGUACUU